AUGUGGCUGCGUAAGAUUUUGGCGGACAUGCGACCGGAUGACGGAGCGUGGGUGUUGUCACGCCCCGAGCUGGAACAAGUCGUGGUGUGGAUGGCACGGUCGUGGAAGCGUGUUUCGAGGGUGACAAUCAUGCGUUCAUGGGCAGCGGCGGAUUGUGUCCCCCCGACCUGGCAGCGCUUGUUUAUUGCGUCGAUGCCCAGAGUUACCACCUUAGUGCUGGACCAGUUGACAGAUGAGCUAAUGCGUUUACAGGGACAGAUUGAUCGGUACAUCCCCAGCUGGGACCGCUUGACCGCUGUCAAGUACGUGUGUGUCGAAUCGGAUCAUCCUGUGUGCACUAACGCCGUGACUGCCGGUGAUUUUCAUCUCGGAUGUGAUACCGGUGCCGAGCCUGAGUCGGCACCUGGCUAUGUGGACGACGUCAGGAGCAUUCGUCGCGUCAUGCGCACGUUGUCUGGUGCGUUCGCGAAACGAGCCGCGGACUCAGGCAAGGACCCCGCCGAUGUUGUUGUGGACGCUGGCAUUACGAACGCAGACCUGGUGUCCCGCAACAAGUGCGAUGCGUGCGCACUAGAGUUUGCGGAUGACAACGCGUUGCAGUCCCAUGUAACAAAAAACAACGUCUGUCGGCAGAAGCUUAAACAUAUUUACGCAUCAAAGCUAGUCGCCGCUUACCGAGAGGCGCUGAUCGCGCUAGCAGCGUCGAAACUGCCAGCGGGUUCUGCCGAGAGCUCCAAGUCACCGCCGCGGUCUAGCAACCUUAAGCGACCGCAUGUAGAGCUCAGCCCGCCAGCACCAACGUCGGAGGCGGAUUGCGAUGACGCGCACUCUGAUGUGACAAGCGUCGAUGACUGUUUCGACACGUUACAGGAGCUGUAUCUGUUUUUCCGCGAUGCAGACCUUUCGAUCAGGGAAGUAAACAGGUUACUUCACAUUUUCAGAAGCCCCCUGUUUGAUCUACAAGCUGCUCGCUCAUGGCGCAAUGCGGCGGAUGUGCGGCGCUAUGGAAAGGAGCGAGAGCCGCCGGACAUUGUUCCGUGGACAAUGGAAGAGAUCAAGGUGUUCGGGCCCCACGGCAAGGUGGCCAGGUUGACACUUCACGUCAGGAACACGGAGUUGGUGAGUCUAGCAAUGUGCGCGGAGCUCCGAUUCAUAUUUGUGACAGACGUUAACGGGAAGGCUGUGAAGGCGUACCCGUGUCUGUUUGCAGAAGUCGGAGAUUAUCCAGAGCUGUCCCGCGCAACCGGGACGAUGCAGGCGACGUCUCACCGCCCAUGUAGCAGCUGUUACGUGAAGGAGGACAACCUUGCUCGUGUCGACUUGCGAGCUCCUGUGCGCACCGUGGAUAAGCAACGGCGCAUCGUUCACGCCAUCCAGACGGCGGCGACGGACACUCUAGCUCAGCAGACGGAGUGGGGGAAUGUGUUCCUUGCGUGCGUCGCGGACAUCUUGCACGCGUUGGAUUUUGGGGUGUUCGGCCAUUCGACCUCGUGCUUGGUGGAGGGGAAGAGCAAGCCAGAGAAACGGGAGUGGGAGGGGAGGAAGAAGUCAUACAAGAAGGACACGCGGUCAACUGUGCUGAGGAUUCCAGGUGGAUCGUCGUAUUUUCGGAGCGCCGCCAACUAUGCGGCGUUCGAGCACAGGGCGAUGAUGCAAGUGAUGCCGCUUAUCAUUGCGGACAAGAUGGACGGAAUGAAGCCGAAGGAGCGCGAGCAGAGAGAGCGCGAGGUGCGGGCGUUCCGGAUGUACGCCACCUUUUACAAGGCGCUUGUGGGCGUGGUGAAGCACACUCGUGCUUCAUUGGCGGUGGUCAGACAGCAUGCAAUCUCUAUGCUAUUCGGACGUGUCCACUUGCAGGAUGGUGGACGCGCUGAUCGCGGCUUUCCCCGCACAGUCAUCAGGAUGAAACUUGCCGAAGAUAUUCCUCGGCGGAUAGUGGAGGAAGAGGUGCAGAGGGAGUUGGCGCGAGAAGUGGCGGUGGAUGCAUGCGGUGGAAGACAGUACACAACUGCACUACGUGAGGCUGUGCGGUUGCAGGAGUAUGUGCUGACGCGCCGAUCUCGGGUGGCAAACCCUUCAGACCCGGAGGAUGGCACCCUCGCGCCAUACCGCUCAACACUUGGAAGCGACAUGAACGCCUUGACGUCAUGCGCCACGCGUGCUGACCUUUCUCUGGACCGAUUCUGGGUGAGUGUUGUCUUGUGUGAUGCACCAAAGGAGAAGGAGGAGUGGUAUGCCCGGUGCUUGUGCAUUUUCCGGGCAAAGCAGACCGACGGGACGAUUGCCAGGUUUGCGUACGUGAAGUACUAUGAGGCAGCAGGGGUGUGUGGGCUGACCACAUGCAUUCAGUUAACGCCCGGGCGAGUGAAAACGAAGUACGCAGUGGUGGAGAUUGAGUGCAUCAAGAGGGUGGUGCUCAUCUGCAAGUCGUUUGUGAAUGCCCGCGUGCUGCUGCUGAACAAGUUUCUCCUCUGCGAGUGA